AUGAUGUCCCAAAGUUUGUCCAACUCGGAGAAAGAAUUCCGAGCAUGGAGAAGCAAUGUCCCCCUCAACAACAAAACAACUUCCCGAACACUUCGCAGCAAGCUCACGUCGAUCUUCCAAGAUGCACGUCGACUGAUCGACAUUGAUGCUGGCGUUCGUCAGUCAGUCAUUCAAACCCUCUCUGGAGAGGGUGGUCUGAGUUGUGUCAAGGAGAUGAUUGAGCAAAAUUCUGAAGAACUUGGCGAAACCAUCACCAAAGAGCACAGGUUCAAAAUUCAGCUAUUUCCCUUUUUGGAGAUUAUAUCUCACCCCGAUGUGGUCGACUCUUUGGUCCUCGAACAAUCAGUAGGAACAAUUUACAACUUCCUGUUUGGAAUCAGUGGAGCUAGAGCAUCCAAGCUCCUUAGCUAUAUUUCCGAAGUCCUGACGAAUUGCACAAAAGAUGAGUCUACCGCAAAUUGGUUAGAAGUCUCACUUUCUGUCUUUUCUCGAGUUGUCGAUUUCAAUUCAACCGCGCUUGUUCAGGAGUCUCUCAAAAACUGUGCAAGUCAAUUUGAACGAAUCCUUAUUGCAUGGGUAACCGACAAACCAGAAAGUCCCUUACAUCAGUCUCGAUUCUAUUUGGAGCGUUUACUCCGUCGCUUUGAAAUUGGCAGUUCCCUGCCAAUGAUUGCACAAAAAACUGAAUCCCAGGUUACCAAAACACCAGGGACAUUUGUUCCUAAAAGUGAUCCCCCUGGAGGACGCCAUGACAAUGACAACGCAGACAUCUGCCAAAUCCGUAUCAUGCCAAGCUAUCAAGAGAUUUUCAGCCCUCGUGUCGAGUAUCUCCCUGUGUAUGAUCCUACGCAAUGGCAUUUGGACGGCCUCAGCGGGCUCUUGGAUCGCAAUUUUCGUUUGUUGCGAGAAGAUACCAUCGGCCAGCUACGUGAUGCUAUCUACUCUGAGCUUAGGCCAUCGCGAGCUGUUCGAACCCAAAGACGGAGCCAGCAGCGCACUAAUGUAUACCACGGCGCGCGUAUAUGUAAACUUGGAUUUGACUCGAUGAAUGGACUUCAAUUCGAGGUUGACUUUGCCCAACCAGCCAAGGUGGCUGGAAUGACAACUGCAAAACGCGAAGAAUGGUGGAAAAUGUCCAAACGCCUACAAUCUGGCGCUUUAGUUUGUCUCAUUACGAAAACCAACUACGUGUUAUUCUGCACCGUUGUCGAAUUACAACGCCCACCGUCUAAACGACAGAGAGAGAAGGAAAAACAGCAGAAUUCUCAGAGUUCAUUAUGGAAAGACUCUCAAGCUUCUUUCGUUACUUUGCAGCUAACCGAUGUGAGAAACAAGAACAUAGAAAUUGUUCUGAGCCAGUAUGCUCUGAAGGAGCCAUUCUUCGCUCUUGUGGAGUUCCCAGGUGUUCUUUUACCGGCAUUCGAACCAACCCUGAAAGCACUCCAGUUGAUGAAGCGUACUGAGAACCUACCUUUAUCUGAACUGCUUAUACCUUCCAACGCUGGUGCUGCAAGGUCAACUCACAUCUCUCCUCCGCUCUACGCGACGAAGCCGGGAUUUCGAUUCAACCUCCGCUGCUUAAUGAAGAAUGAUAGCGACUUCUAUGUACAUCCCGGUCAGCCACUAGACAUUCAAAAUCUUUGCCAGAACUCGAACUUAGACGAUGCACAAGCAAAUGCCCUUGUCGAAACCCUUCAAAGCAAGAUAGGUCUAAUUCAAGGACCGCCGGGAACUGGGAAAAGCUAUACAGGUAUAUCUCUCAUCAAAGUCCUCUUAGCAAAUAAGACACAUGGCAAAACACGACUGGGACCCAUUAUAUGUGUUACGUAUACAAACCAUGCACUAGACCAAUUGCUGGAGUCUCUAUUGCAGAAUGGGGUCACCGAGCAAAUUGUUCGCAUAGGCUCGCAAUCCAAGUCCGAACUCCUGGAGCCCUUCAGGCUGGGAGAAGUCUCCAGAAAAGUUGACAAGACAAAAAUCGAAAAAUUUGGUCAGUGGGAAUCCCACCGCUCUUUGGAAAGCUGCCAGGAGAAUUUUAAUGCAAUUGGACUUCGGGAGAAUGUUUCGCCCGGUCGUGUCAUGAUUCAUCUACGCAACCACCACCCUACUCAUUACAAUCAGCUUUUCGGGGUAGAUGCUGAUAGAUAUCAGCAAGCAAAUAGCAAUAACAGUGAGAAAGUUUUCAAACGAUGGCGCAGGUCUAGCAGCCAGAUAACCUUGAGCAAGAUCCGAAAUGCCGAAGAGCUCGAAUCGGUCCACCUUAUGCAUAUGUCACGACCUGAGCGGGAAGCCUUGUACGCACAUUGGAAGAUAGAGAUCCUAACCGAGAUGCAAGAAAGGCUGAGCAGGGUUUGUGAGGUGCAUCGCAAUACCAAGCGCGAGUUUGACAACAUUCGGAGCGAAGUUAAUCUACGUUGCCUUGGUCAAGCCGAUGUUAUUGGUGUCACAACAAGCGGGCUGGCCAGGAAUCUGAACAUGCUACGGAGGCUACAGUCAAAGGUUGUACUGUGUGAAGAGGCGGGUGAAGUCCUUGAAGCGCAUCUGCUUACUGCUCUACUUCCGUCAGUGGAACAUGCAAUCUUUAUCGGCGACCAUCUUCAGCUCCGUCCUCAAGUACAAAAUUAUGAGCUCUCGCGAGAGAACAUGAAUGGGGGAGAGAAGUAUUCAUUGGAUGUGUCACUUUUUGAACGCCUUAUUGAAUCAGAUAGCGCCAUGGGCUCUUGUCUGCCCUACAGUACCCUGCAGACACAACGGCGAAUGCAUCCCUCCAUUGCCCAGCUUGUACGUGACACACUAUAUCCACGUCUCCAAGAUGCCUCUUCAGUACACGAGUACCCAGGCGUCAGUGGAGUGCGAAAGAGACUGUUUUGGUUGGACCACCGUGUACCAGAGGCAAACCCAUCAAAUGAAGAGGCAGCAGCCACAUCACGGUGGAACGACUAUGAAGUCGACAUGACAACCGCAUUAGUUAGCCACCUGAUACGACAGGGGAAGUACGCUAGUGGUGAUAUUGCUGUUCUCACACCUUAUCUUGGCCAGCUUCACAGACUGCGGCAACGACUAGGUCAGGCAUAUGCAAUCACUCUGGGGGACAGGGAUCAGGAUGACCUUGACAAGGCUGGUUUUGAAGAUGAAGCAACAACUUCAAAUACCACCGGAGUGAAAGCAACGCUGUUACAGAGCUUACGUGUCGCAACCAUCGAUAACUUUCAAGGAGAAGAGGCCAGCGUGGUUGUGAUUUCGCUAGUUCGCAGCAACACACAGAACAGAUGUGGAUUCCUCCGUACUUCGAAUCGUAUCAACGUUCUUCUUUCUCGAGCAAAGCAUGGCAUGUAUAUUAUCGGAAACUCUAUGACAUCUAUACAUGUUCCCAUGUGGGCUGAUGUGAUAGAAAUCCUUCGGCGGAACGAAAAUAUCGGCACAAGCCUAGAUCUUGAGUGUCCACGACACCCGGAUACUCCCAUUAAGGUCUCUAUUCCAGACGAUUUCCCACGGCUCUCACCGGAGGGAGGAUGCGAUCUUCGUUGUGUUAACCGUUUAUCUUGUGGCCAUGCAUGUGUUCAAAAGUGCCACUCUGAGAUGCUUCACAAUGCGGUUCAUUGCCUGGAACCAUGUCAACGACCACAAACCAAUGCUUCACAUGCGUCACAAAAGCUGAUUCGGGAGAAGUCCACACCGACCAUGGCUCUUGUAAACAACAAUGUGGCAGAAACCAGUCCACCUGCGCCCAUACAUGCAGAACCCCUUGCCAUGGAGACGAGCCUUGUCCUCCCUGUCAAUCCCCUUGUGAUGUUCACUGCGGUCACUCUAGAUGCGCGCAGAAGUGCUCGGAACCAUGCACUCCCUGCGCCGAAGAAAGGUGUCUUUCGUCUUGUCCGCACAGGCAUCAAGGAUCAUAUUGUCGAUUUCAUUCUUGGGGAAACCUACAAGGAGAUUGACCUCGAUGAAAACCCGUGCAUAUUUCCAAAAUGUGGCCAUUUUCUAACAAUAGAAAAUAUGGAUGCACUUAUGGACCUGAAGAAGUAUUACAUUCUUGACGCACGGGAGAAGCCAAUUGGCAUUGCUGCUUCGUUGGAACCCUUUUCCAUUGACGAUAUCAAAAGAUGCGCUAGCUGCCGUGGGCCGUUGAGAGAUAUUGCCCGAUAUGGAAGGUUAGUUCGUCGAGCUAUUCUGGAUGAGUCCACCAAGAAGUUGAUUCUGUAUAUGAAUCGCGAAUAUGUUCCCCUAGCGCAGGAGCUUCCACUCUGUAUCCAGCAGUUACAGGAGAAGGAAAGCAAGCCACACGCUGUCUGGCCAGCUACUAUCAUUGUCCAGGGUGAACGACAGACUCAGAUCAAAUGCAUGAGCAAUAUCAUUUCCACGACAAACAAGGGAAGAUGGAAAAACAUUCUCGAUUUGCGACAGCGGAUUGACAAGUAUCAAAGGAAAGUAGCACCCGAUGAGCAGCCAUACAAUAGAGUUCGCAAUAUGGUCAUAAAUGCACGAAAUCAACACAGCACUACAGGAAGCUUUGAUUUUGGAAACGAAAUUCUCCAGAUUAAGGGGUGCCUUCAAGCGGCAGCAUUGAGCUUGCGCCUGGACAUUGCAUUGUUGGUAGACUUUCUCAAGCUUCGUCGCGACGCUCCCACAGGAUCUCAACGUACAAUUGAGGUAGACUUGUCAUACAUCAGAGGCGAAUGCGAAGCUCUAAUCAAGACCGCGUCCGAGACCAAUCGCAGGACACUUCAGGCUGAAGGAUACAUAUUCAUGGCCCAGGUCCACGCGUUAGGGCGAUCGCAUUCUGAGUCAUCUGAGCUAGCAGAACAGCACCUCUUACAAGGCAAGGAAGCUAUUGACCAUGCUAGGAUGCUUUGCACCAGUUACCCGGGUCAAACGCGGGGGCUGAAGAAUGAAAUCGAGGGUGCCGAGAAGAUGCUCCAAGGGGCAACUUUCUACACCACAGUGACCAACAAGGAGCGCAUGGAGGUUAUUGCUGCCAUGGCUCGCGAGUUCCGUGGCACGGGUCAUUGGUAUUAUUGUCGCAAUGGGCAUCCAUUCACGAUUGGGGAAUGCGGCAUGGCGAUGCAAAGAGCAGUGUGCCCUGAAUGCGGCGAGCCAGUGGGAGGACAGAAUCACCAAGCUGUAGAGGGAGUGACUCACGCUCUGGAUCUGGAGAAUGCAUUUCAGCAGAUGAAUCUGAGCUGA